AUGGGGAGGAUUUGGUUCAAGAACCGCCGCGCCAAGUGGCGCAAGAGGGAGCGCAACGCGAUGGUCAUGAUGAACACCGAUAUCAAGGGCUCGUUCGGCGGACAACUCAACGGUUUCAUGCAGCCGUUCGGUCAGCCGGACGCAGCGCUGUACUCUGGCUACCCGGGAUACCAGAACUGGGCUACUAAAGUGCCGUCCCCACUGGCUCAUAAACCGUUCUGGCCCGGAUUUGAUGCCGGUGUGAACCCGCUGGGUGUGGCCAAUCAGUCGCCGGGCGCCAGUAUCGGCAUGAACUGCUUCAGCGCCCCGCCCACCGUCUCCACGUCUCCCAUUGGCUCGCCCUCAAUGACGUCAUCACUCUCCACGUGCCCCUAUGGCUCCGGCGCCUACGCCGCCUAUGCGGUCCGUCCGGACCAAUGUCCGUCUAUGUCUUCUAGCAUUGCUAGUUUGAGGCUUCGGGCUAAGCAGCAUUCGGGGGGCUUUAGUGUUCCUGUGGGAGCGUAUAGCCCAGCAGCGGUAAGUGCGAGGUCGCAGACUGGAAAUAUGGCGGCGUGUCAGUAUGCGCCGACUGAUAGGCCGCUCGUGUGAGAGGGAAAGAGAAGAGAGGGUAGGGAGAGAGAGAGAGAGAGAGAGAGAGAGAGAGAGAGAGAGAGAGAGAGAGAGAGGGAGGGAGGGGAGAGGGGGUGACCGAUGGGAUGGGUGGGAUGAGAGGACCCUGUGACUGAGGGCUAAGGAGUUUGGGAGAGGAUCAUGACGCGACAUCAUUUUGGUAGGAAAUAAUAGGAGAGAGGGGAACCCUUUGACUAAAGGGAGGAGAAUGGGGUGAAGGAAGGCCUUACUGGCUUACUCGUUACCAAGAUAUUUGUGUCAUGAGGGGGCCUGAGGAUCCCUUUGGCAAGUAUUUAAUUACUGGCGAGGGGAAUAGGAAAGGGUGGUUCAAGCUCCGCAAACCCUCUCUCUCUCGUUCUCUCUCCUCCCUCUUCCCUCUCACACCCCUGCCACUACUUGUACAUAGGCGUGGUUACCAUAGCAAUCGGAAACGAUCGACAAUCGAGAUAAACGAACGGUUCACAACGACGGGCUGGCGACAGAAACGAACCUAGCGGCGUGUGUGUGUACUAGUAGUUCAUUUGCAAUGGCUGGGACUGACAGAGUGCGCUACUGCCGCUGCUCCUCCCAAAGUGUGCCGUGAAAGGGGGUGGGAGUGUUAUUUCUUUCGUUUUUCGCUGUUUAUGACUUGUCUAUGAUGCAUCCAGCACCCAUUUUCCGCCCUUGAAUGCUUCUUUCAUCCUCUGCUGUUCAUAUUGCUACAAGUGUGUGUAAAUAAGUGUUUAUUCCAUUCUCUGGUGAAAAUCAACCUUGCAUACCUAUUCACUUUUCUCAUCGCUCGCUUUCUACCUCUUACUCUCUCCAUCUCCCCCCUCCUCUUCCCUUCUAGGGCACGCUCGCUGGUGCGGCAUUGUAUGAUAUUAGGAUAAUUCCCUUCGCCGUUCCCUGCGCUUCCGUUUUCGACGUGUGCAUAUGCUAGACCCGUUUUGCGUGUGUGUUUGCGUUAGUGCGUACGAUUGCGUACAAAUGUACGGUGUGCGAUGCGUGCAACAUAUGCCUGCAAUGCGUGCAACAGUGCAACAUGGGACAUCGUGUGGCUACAUGCAACAUGGCGCACGUUUCUUGCAACAUGCGUGCACAACGUGCAAUGCGUGCAGCAUGGCGUACAGUGCGUGCGUCUAACGUGCAAUGGCGCACUCUGGUCUAGGAAAGCACCAGAGAGAGACUUGACCUUGCGCUGAUCGCGAAUCAGGACGUCUAAGCCUCUGGUUUGCCAUGAGAAGCUUGUAUAAACUCGGACUUGAUAUAACGACUGAUAGCGACUUGGUGUUAGGUGUUUAUAUUGCUGUGUGACGUCAUGGGAACAGACGAGCUUGUGACGUCAUGACAUGUGUGACGUCAUCUUACGCGAGAGCGAGUUGUUCUGUGUUGAGCUUUGUGAGCUUCCAUGGCUUCUGUUUUGCGUCUGUUGUGCUCCCUUUUUAACUCUAUCUUCCCCGCGCGUACUGCUGUUUUAUUUAAUUGUACCGUAUUUAUUCACCCCUAUUUAAACCACUAAUUUAUUUUACAAACCAACCUGUUUUCGUCUGUGCCAUUCAAUCGAAGUUUUGAAUUGUUCCAAGCGCGAGGCACGACUGUUUUAUUAUUGGAAGGUGUAAUUAUGGAAUCACAACUCACAACUUGCAAGCUGUGCCAUGCUUUUAAUGUGAACCCUCCUGCGACUUUGCGGGAUAAAAUUGUGCCAACGAGUUUCUCAGCGAUUUGUGUGUGUCCUUGUAGAGCACCAAUGGUGUUGCGUUUUGUAUAUUCCCCUUGUACGAUGCUGCUACACGAAAUUUGAGCGAGUUGGACUUGUGCCAAAGUGCGCAAAGCUGCUGUUGCUAUGUGCAUUGAAUGAUGGCAGCGCUUUAAAAAAGACAGUGCGUGGUUUCUUGUGAGUUGAAACGAAUCGUUGUGAGCUCGAGUGUUUGUUUGAUGGCAAAUGAACACAGGAAAAUG